UUCAAUAACCCAUCUGCUUCGCCGGCGCGCUGGCUUUUGAUGUAUAAGGACUUGUGAGUUGUGAACUGCUAACUGCAGAGUCUAAUCCAAGACUGUCCAUGAAAAUGUAUAACCGGCUUCUGCCUUUCUCGUAUAGAAUUAUUCGAAGGUCUCGGGUCCAACAAGAAAUUUGUACAAUCUCGAACUUGGAUUUUUUAGAAUCAGAAAUGUUGAAAUUUGUACACACCCAAGCAAUGGAUCUUCCGUUUCAGGCAACUAACGGUAGCAAAAUUCCUGAUUACAAUGACGUGCGAAGAGGGCAUUUCCUCAUGAAACUCAUAGACGACUCUGUUUCGCGUAAUGGGUUCGAAUCUAUUGCUCGUAUUUUCUCUAAGUAUCGUGGUUCUAUCAAUUCUCAACAGUGUAACUCGAUGAUCAGGACUUAUUUGGAUUUGAAUAAGCAUUUAAAUUCUCUGUACAUUUUUGCCCUUAUGCAUAAGUUUAGUAUUCUGCCCGAUUCAUCCACUUUUCCUGCUGUUCUUAAAGCAACUGCGCAGCUAUGUGAUACUGGAGUUGGAAAAAUGAUACAUGGUAUUGUUAUUCAGAUGGGUUUUAUUUGUGAUGUCUACACAAGUACCGCUUUAGUUCAUCUGUAUUGUACUUGUUUGUCUAUAUCUGAUGCUUCUCAGUUGUUCGACGAAAUGCCCGAGAGAAAUGCAGUUACUUGGAAUGCUUUGAUUACUGGUUAUACUCAUAAUAGAAAGUUUGUGAAAGCUAUCGAUGCUUUUCGAGGAAUGUUGGCAGAUGGGGCUCAACCGAGUGAGAGAACCGUGGUUGUAGUUCUAUCGGCUUGUUCUCAUUUGGGAGCUUUUAAUCAGGGAAAGUGGAUCCAUGAGUUUAUUUAUCAUAAUAGGUUGAGACUGAACGUGUUUGUGGGCACAGCUCUUAUUGAUAUGUAUGCUAAAUGUGGGGCUGUUUAUGAGGUCGAGAAGGUCUUCGAAGAAAUUAGAGAGAAGAACGUGUAUACAUGGAAUGUCUUGAUUUCUGGAUAUGCCAUGAAUGGGCAAGGCGAUGCAGCUUUGCAGGCUUUUUCUAGGAUGUUGAUGGAAAAUUUCAAGCCAGAUGAGGUUACCUUUCUAGGUGUUUUGUGUGCAUGCUGUCACCAAGGUCUGGUAACGGAAGGGCGCUGGCAAUUCAUGAGCAUGAAACAACAGUUUGGACUGCAACCAAGGAUAGAGCAUUAUGGAUGUAUGGUAGACCUACUUGGUCGAGCGGGAUUGUUGGAGGAAGCUCUAGAGUUGAUCCAAUCCAUGAGCAUAGAGCCAGACCCUAUCAUUUGGAGGGCUUUGCUUUGUGCUUGCAGAGUCCAUGGGAAUACGAAAUUGGGUGAAUAUAUUAUCAAAAGACUUAUAGAACUAGAACCAAACAAUGGGGAAAAUUAUGUCUUGCUGUCAAAUAUAUACUCAAGAGAACGACGGUGGGCUGAAGUAGGGAAGUUGAGGGGAAUGAUGAAUCUAAGAGGGAUCAGAAAAGUCCCUGGUUGCAGUUCAAUUGAAAUAAACAACGUAGUUUAUGAGUUUGUUGCAUCAAAUGACAGAAAACCAGAAUUUGAGGCAAUAUACAAGCAGUUGGACAAUUUGAUUAAGAAAUUGAAAGAAAAUGGUUAUGUUACAGGCACGGACAUGGCUUUAUAUGAUAUUGAGAAAGAAGAGAAAGAGCAUUCUGUGAUGUACCAUAGUGAGAAACUUGCUUUAGCAUUUGGUCUCUUAAACUCUCCUUUAGAUUGCACCCUAAGGAUAGUGAAAAAUCUAAGAAUUUGCUUGGACUGCCACGAGUUUUUCAAGGUUUUAUCACUCGUCUAUAAAAGAUAUAUUGUUGUGAGAGACAGAAACCGUUUCCACCAUUUUUAUGAAGGUUUCUGUUCGUGCCGAGACUAUUGGUGAAAAAUUAUAGAACUAUAUCUCCGGCAAUACUAGCAUUUCUUGGUGGAAAUCACGCAAAUAACAUGAUAUCAUUGGCUUCCGGUGAAAAAUGAAGAACUUUGAAACUGAACGGCCAAACUACCCAGCCAUGGUUUUGCCUCCUUACUUAAGUUGGCGUGUCUAAGAAAAAACUGCGCUCCAUUCACCCAAUUCAUUUCUGAAGUUCUAAUAAAUGUUGGAUAAUAGGAAUGGGUCGGUCCGUCAAUGUUUGAAAGCCAAAGGGAGACAAUAAGCUGAAGGAAAUAUUGGGCAUUCAGUUCCUUUUCCUCUGCAUGCCAAUAUUAAGCUCUAGGAUUCUGAACAUUUGGGGAGAUCCAUUUGAAGUAAAUUAAUGAAGCUGUCAAGAAAAGCCUAGCCUCUGACAUCAAUUCUAUCAAUAAACCCAUGCCAUUUUUUUGGGAAAGAAAAAGAAUAAGAAGCUAAGGGGGUUUUGGGAAGUGUCAAGAAAAGCAGUUUUUGAUUGAUGGUGUUUCUUGUUUCUGUGUAUAGUUUGUUUCACAGCAGACGUUGAAUUCAAACUCAUCUCUAAUUUCCCCUGUAACCAAGAACAAGAAAUAAAGGAUCGGUUGGAGGAACAAAAGCGCGGGUGGAAAGUUUAGAUUUUGGCUUUGUUGUUGAGACGAUGGAAGGCAGUUGAAUUUGAGGAAAUGUAGCAGCGCAAGGAAAGGAACUGGAGCUGGAUGCCAUUGAAGCAGCGCCGAGCAGCCCCAUACGAGCUGCAAGCAGCGACAUUUGAAGCUGCUGCUGCUGUAUUCCUAGAGGCAUGACCAUCUGUGGCACAGCUGAUCUAAUGCUGUCCAUGAACUGAACUUGUGCUUGGAGUUGCUUCAAGUAUUGAAUUGUGUCAUCCAAAAGUGAAGCUCUAUCAGUCUGUAGAAUGAAAAAGAAGAAAACAAGUUAACUCAAAGUUUAUAAGUGUAAUAUAAAUUUAAAUGAUCAUAAUAAACGCGAAUCCAAGUCUAAUAUAAAUGUAGAAAUUUUUUAAGCUCAAGCUUUAUAAACUCAGGUUUAAUUUGUUAAAUCCUAUGAGUUUGAAUUAAGCUACUUUUGUUGGAGUUCUUCAGAGACCCCGAAGAAUUGUAUCUACCUCCAACUUCUAUACGAUUUAAUGAGUCCAACAA